AUGCAAUUGAACUUGAAAAGCGGCACUGCCCGUGCUCUUGCUGCCGCAUGCAUAAUAGCGACCUCUUUGUGGCUUUUGGUGCAAGGCACCGGCUUUGGGACGGGAUCUUCAACUUUAAAACAGCAAGCCUUCAAGGCUAAAGACAACUCGAACGGGUUCACGUAUCGUAAGGUCAGCCAUGGAAAGUAUACUGGACCCAAGGAAAAGGCGACUUUUGUGACUUUGGCGCGUAACGAGGAUCUUUACUCCCUUUUGGGCUCGAUUGCCAGCGUGGAAGAUCGUUUCAACAGCAAGUUCCAGUACGACUGGGUUUUCCUCAACGACGUAGAGUUCAGCGAGGAAUUCAAGCGUGUCACGACGGCAAUGGUCAGUGGUACCACCAAAUACGGACUUGUCCCAGCAGAGCACUGGUCGUACCCUUCGUGGAUCGAUCAAGACAGGGCAGCCAAAGUACGGGAACAGAUGCGUGAAGACCAGAUCAUCUACGGUGACUCGCUUCCUUACAGACACAUGUGCCGUUUCGAGUCUGGGUUUUUCUACAGACACGAGCUUUUGGACGACUACGACUGGUACUGGCGUGUGGAACCGGACACCCGUAUCUACUGUGACGUGGACUACGACAUUUUCAAGUUCAUGAAAGACAACGGUAAGAAAUACGCGUUCACCAUUUCUCUCAGGGAAUAUGAAGCUACCAUCAAGACCCUGUGGGACACCACCAAGGAAUUCAUGGACAAGAACCCAAGUUUGUUGCACCCUAACAACAUGUUGGACUUCAUUUCCGACGACAACGGUGCGUCCUACAACUUGUGCCAUUUCUGGUCCAAUUUCGAAGUCGGAUGGCUAGACUUGUGGCGUGGGCCAGCCUAUUCUGCUUACUUUGAUUAUCUUGACAAGGCAGGUGGGUUUUUCUACGAACGUUGGGGUGACGCUCCAGUUCACACCAUUGGUGCUGCUUUGUUCUUGGAUCGCUCAGAAAUUCACCAUUUCGGCGACAUUGGAUACUACCACGUUCCAUUCCACUCCUGCCCUAUCGACGAAAGCGUCAGGCUAAACAAUCGUUGUAACUGCAACCCGAACGACGAUUUCACCUGGAAAGGAUAUUCUUGCACCUCCCAGUUCUACACUGUGGCCAACCUCGAGAAACCCAAGGGAUGGCAGAAAUUCGCCGAUUAG